UGAAUCAGCAUCCGUCGAAACUCAAACGCACCGCGAGGGCCAGGGCGAUGAUGACUCCGAUGAAAAACCUCAACUCCUUUGUCAGGCGAGAAGACCGUCAACGUUUUCGUCUUCCCCGACGAGCCAUGUUUCCGACUAUCAUACCCUUCACAGCUUGGUACCCGUCUGAUGUUUGUUGCUGAAGACGACGGCACGGACGCCAUCAUCGCACCCGCCAUUGCACCCUGUAUCGCGAGGGAGACACGGUCAGCGAUAAUCUCGUCGAAACUCGUGAAAGGCUGGUUGAACCAAUGCGAUCGGGUCCACGGGGAUGCCUGUCGCCACGUGUCCGAGAAAUGAACUCCAUCUACCAAGGGUCGUACUUCACCCUCGUCGCCGGUUCAGGAGACAACGCCAACUCCGACUUGCCCGGCGUUCGACUCCAUCCUCGAGCGCCUCGCCAACUUGUCGCCCGAAUCAACCCGGACCUCAAAAUGGCCGCCGUGCACGGCAUCGACUGGCACUUGCGGCGCUCCGCCUACCGGGAGCGAGGCUGGACCCUCCAGGAACUCGUCCUCCCCCGCCGCACCAUCAUAUUCAUCAACAACCCGGUCUACUUCAGCUGUCCAGCGACCCGUCCCACCUCUUCCGCUAGUUCAGGACGAAAAACCCUCAUCAGGUGGAAUUCGUACGAUCAGAACGACGACGUCAACGAUCUGGAUUGCCACGAGGAGUACGAGGAACCCCGACGCAUUGCACUCUGGGGCGGACGAAUAUGCCGAGUUCCUGCCGCAGUCGGUCGUUCACCAGCUCCAUAAUACCCCCCUACCAUAUCUCUUCGGCGGGCAUCAGACCGAGUGGCUGCGGUUCCAACAUGAACAUACCUCCGUUUGAAGUCGGCGGCGGCGUUCAGAAAGUGUAGCGGUGAUGGCCCUGA